CUGAGCUACAAUCAUCCAGGAGACUCAGGAGUGAAGCUGCUGUCUGCUGGACUGGAGGAUCCACACUGGAGACUGGAGACUCUCAGAUUCCUGUGAACUGGAACUGGACACAAACACAAUGAACAGAAACCUCAAACUGUCUGACAACAACAGGAAGGUGACAUGGGUGAGAGAGGAUCAGUCAUAUCCUGAUCAUCCAGACAGGUUUGACCUUUGGCCUCAGCUGCUGUGUAGAACUGGUCUGACUGGUCGCUGUUACUGGGAGGUCGAGUGGAGAGGAGGGGUUCAUAUAUCAGUGAGUUACAAAGAUAAUGAUGCAGCGGUCGAAGCUAGCUACCUUGUGAGUGAGAUGAUUGCUAAGGCGGGAAAGCCAUUCAAAGAAGGAGAGUUUGUUAAAAAGUGCAUGUUACAGGUUGCAAGUAUAGUCUGUCGGGAAAAGAAGGGUCAGUUUAGCAACAUCAGCCUUUCAGCCAACACAGUGGCAGAGCGCAUUUCUGACCUGUCAGGUAACAUAUAUGAUCAACUGCGUGAGAAAGCCAAACGUUUCUGUGCAUACUCAGUCGCUCUCGACGAGAGCACAGACAUCAUUGACACUGCGCAGCUCGCAAUCUAUGUCCGUGGUGUUGACGACAGUUUUGAAGUGAUGGAGGAGUUGCUCACAGUGAUUCCAAUGCAUGGCCAGACCACCGGUCAGGAGAUAUUCCGCCAGCUGUGUGAUGCCAUUGUGGAUGCGGGUUUGCCAUGGAAGAGGUUUGCUGGCAUAACAACCGACGGAGCGCCAUCAAUGACAGGGAGGAGAAAUGGAGUGGUGGCACUUGUUCAAAAAAAGCUGGAAGAGGAGGGUGUGGAGGAGGCCAUUGCUCUGCACUGCAUUAUCCAUCAGCAGGCCCUUUGCAGCAAAUGCCUGAAGUUUGACAAUGUGAUGUCUGUCGUUGUGAAAUGCAUCAACCAUAUCAGAUCCAGGGGAUUAAAGCACCGGGAGUUCCGCGCCUUUUUGGAGGAAAUAGAGUCAGCAUAUGAGGAUGUGCUCUACUUCACUGAGGUACGUUGGCUCAGCAGGGGAAACGUCUUGAAGAGGUUUUUUGAGUUGAGAGCAGAAGUGAAAGCCUUCAUGGAGAAGGCUGGGAUGGCUGUUCCUGUGCUAAGUGAUCCCAAAUGGCUCAUGGACUUAGCUUUCCUUGUUGACAUCACACAUGAGCUGAAUGUACUGAACAAGAAGUUACAAGGCCAGGGGCAGCUUGUCAGUGCUGCCUAUGACAACGUGAGAUCAUGCUCCACAAAACUUGUGUUAUGGAAAGCCCAGCUCUCUCAGACAAACCUCUGCCAUUUCCCAGCAUGCAAGGCACUCAUGGAUGCAGGCACACCAUUUAGUGGUGAGAAGUAUGCUGAUGCCAUUGUGAAGCUACAGGAGCAAUUUGAUCACAGGUUUGCAGACUUCAAGACACACAGAGCCACUUUUCAAAUUUUUGCUGACCCCUUCUCCUCUGAUGUGCAAGAUGCCCCUCAUGUGCUUCAAAUGGAGCUCAUUGACCUGCAGUGCAAUUCAGAACUCAAAGCCAAGUUCAGGGAGGUGAGUGGAAAAGCAGACAAGCUUGGACAAUUUUUGAGAGAAUUGCCCCCCACCUUUCCUGAGCUUUCCAGGAUGUUCAAGCGGACCAUGUGCCUUUUCGGGAGCACAUAUCUGUGUGAAAAGCUCUUCUCCACCAUGAACUUUAAUAAGUCAAAGUACAGGUCCAAACUCACUCAUGAGCAUCUUCAAGCCAUACUGAGGGUCUCAACUGCUUCGUCCCUCAAGCCAAAUGUGGCUCAGCUGUGCGAGAAGAAGCGCUGCCAGGUCUCUGGCAGCAAGGAGUAGGCAAGAGAAGCCUAUGUUCUGAAGAACCGUUCAUGUUCUGAAGAACCCAUUCAUGUUCAGAAGAACCGUUCAUGUUCUGAAGAACCGUUCAUGUUCUGAAGAACCCAUUCAUGUUCAGAAGAACCGUU